AUGACGACUACAGCAGGGCCACAGGUGACCGCAUCCACCAUGGAUGCUGCUGCGGCCAAGGAUGCAGCAGAGGUCGUGGUUAGAGCUGGACUGCCCAUUGAAGGACCAAACGUCACUUUAUCAGACUACAACGUUCUUGUUGUUGCCCUAUCAGUUAUUCAGAAUGAAGUCACUCACGACUGCCGACGAGCUGCAACGCUAAUACUCUCCGGGUUUCUAGUUGUGGGAAUUUUGUUAAUAAUUCCUGCAAUCAUGCAGACGGCGGCUGCAUACCUCUGGAUUGAACAGUACAGAAAACAACUUCACCACCAACCCUUACGAAGUGCCAGCAAUGACAAAUACAACAAACUCUCAACAGUGUUCCACAAGAAGAAUGUAACAGACAUGACACGGACAUUAUUUAUCUACCGAAUUUUGGCAUGCGUGGCAUCUCUGAUGGUUUUAAUAUGUUCUACGCUUCCCCAGCUUGUUUUGGUGGUGGCGAAUCCCCCAAACGAGGGUAACAUUGAUCAGCGGUGGGGCUGGUGCCAAACAUUUGUGUACAUGGAUCACGUGACACGUUCUUUUGCCACGUACCUCAUUGUGGUGCCGUACGUCCUCUUCUUUUGGGACUUUCUCUUCAGCGAAGUGGUGCCACGGCGACACCUCGUCAUGAAGCAUAUCUUUCGGGGUGUUCUCAUAUCAUCGAUGCCCAUAGCCCUGUUUUCCUCGAUGAUAGCAGUUCCACUCGUAGUUUACCGCUACGAGAGAAUGUGGGAUGGCGUGCACGAAGUAUGUUCAUCAAGCAUUAGGGGCACUACAAAUUUCCUUGUAUUUGACUUUGCAAUUACGAGAGUUGUCCCGGCAGUGAUUAUCAUUAUCAUUACGGCGGCUUUCCUGGUUUGGCUUCCACGCGACCACUAUGGUGUUUUCUAUGAACCCCUCAUAUUCCUUUUCCUCAUGGCUCCAGUUGUCUUUCUUGAGGCGACGAUCUACAUAGCCUCGUAUUUGGGCAAAGUGCACAACCUGGUCAAUGAGCACUUUGCUAACAUUCUGCUUAUCUUCUAUGCUCUCUAUCACAUGUCAUUCAGCAGCACUUUUGUCCUAGAGACAAUUCGCUCAGUAGUCACAGAAAUCAGACAGGAAAGGAAAGCAAGGAAACGGUUUUUGCUGGGAGAGAACCCAAAGGGGGAUGUACAAAAAAGUGAUCGUCGCAGCAACGUUAUGCUUGGACUUCAGCGACAGUUCUCCGUUGUGUUUCGAUGGCGAUCCGAGUGUGCUGAAGACGAGCUUCAUUUAGAAGAAAGCAUUUUAGGAAAACAAUCGGAGGUAGAUAUAGAAGCGAUUCCCAUUCCAGAAGAGACCUCCAAAAGUGAGGCAGGUGAAAAGAAGCACCACGAUGAUGUGACCAUGCAUUACUCGAUUCUCCAGCGCUCUGCUACUUACAAGCGGGAGCCGAAGCCUAGCCAUAAACACAUUCGCAAACCGUCCACUGGUUCACUUGCCAAUGCGCCCAAAUCUGGUCCAGGACACGAACCCAGUCCCACGUUGAAAAGAGGUCCACUCAGUCCCACGGGAGAAGGUCGUGGCCAUGCCUUAAUGGACACCCCAGGAAAAAGUCGUAGCCGUGGAAUGAGUUCGGGUGCCAGGAGCCUACGAAAGGCUUACACGUCAGCUGAUAUGACUAUCUUGCCAUCCCAUUCACCCCCGAGAAACGGGAACAGGUCACUGCGACACGACUACUGA